ACGGCCUUUUAAGCGCCUCUCACAACGGACUCGACACCAAUCAUGAUGGGGCGGGAUUGGUCAUCUUCUAGCUUACUCUGCUACAACUAUUGUGACUUCCAUGCUACUAAGCUAAUAAGAUCGGGAGAAAAAGUUCUUAAAGAAUGUUCAUUUUAUUUGAGUUGUAAUCAAGGAGCUAUGUAUAUAGCACUCAGAUGAGGCUUAGUGAAAAACUAAACAGAACAGAUUCAAGUUAAGUUAGCCCAACCCAACAAGGGUUAAUCCAGCUACAAAUGAAAGAGUAAAGCACAUUAUCUUCAUUCUACUUCCAAUUAGAUGUGUUACGCACAGUGACAUUUGCCAAUCCUGUUAGAAAUCAAUUGAAAAAGAAAAUCAAGAGUGCUUAGUGCUUGGUCCCAGAUAGCAGCUCCUGAUGAACUGCCCAGCUAGGCACGAUCGCAGACAGACACAAAUGGGGCGCCGCUUGCCUUAGUGAGCUCGAAAAACAGGAAGGAAGGGGAGGACGCCUUUGCACAAGAACAAAGGUUGAGUCAUAGGGGAUUGCUUGAGGAAGGCCCACAUACCAUUCCGAGGGGUCCUCUCUCUUCCUCAUUCUAUUUCUGACUUAUGGAUUGCCUUAAGAAAAGCAUCAUUUCCUUCCUUUUGCUAGAUUCGAAAAAAUUCUACCGACCAAGCUGACCUUCUUGUGUCACGAGUGAUGUCAAACCUCCUUCUUGUCUUCUAUUCCGGGAAGUGGUAUAAUAGGUCCCCUAAGGGAAGCCCUUUGGCAGCUGUCCGAGCCUUCCCUUGAUUGUGCCUUUAGGCUUUCUUCUUGCUGCUUUGUUUGCGCUUUCGAAUCCGCUUCUGUAAAGAAAGGAGAAGAGAGAGGCGUCGGCUAACUAAGGACGAUGAUGGAAACUCUCCCAGAAAGGUGAGCAAGAAGAGUCUUCACUACUAGCUAGUAUUGAAAGAAAAGAAGGCCUACCUUCGCUUUGUGCGCGUUGAGCUUUCUUUCCUGUAGGAUAGGAAGAAUGGAAUAGGAAGAUAAAAGGACAUUUGAAGGAGUGAAACUGAACCAGAAAAAGGCCCUUCUCUCCGGCAUCAACAUCCUUUCGUAGUACCCUACCCCCAGGGGAAUUCGAAUCCCCGCCCUCUCCUUGAAAGAGAGGUGUCCUAACCACUAGACUUUAGGGGUAUAUAGAAUAGACUUUUCCUCAGAAUAAGGUUCCCAUCUCUUCCACUCUAUCUCCUUAUUGGAUUGGUAGGUACAUUCCUCUUUCAGUUCACUUAGUCGACUAGACUGCUUUCCCUCACAUUCUACUCUUCAUUCUAAUUAUAGAUUGACGAAGGUUCUUUAUUCCCAAUACUGGUCUUCAUUCAAUGCUAGCAUCUCUCUCAGCUGAAAGAAGAUCAACUCUCACCCCUUUUUCGCUUUAGUCGGAAGAGCCUCUCUCCUCCUCGAGUUCUAAAUCAGCAAGAGAAGAGGGACCGGCAAGCGAGAUGAGCGAAGGAAAAGCCUCGUCGAGCAAGAAAGAGAGGAGUGACCGCAAGCUAGCAAGAACGAAAGAAUGAGCGAGAGCAGUGAGGCUUAAGAGAGAAAGAAAAGGGUGGAUACUUUUCCGGGUAGAAGGUGACUGAACUCCGUUCGUGAUCCCAGCCCUGGAAUCACUUAAGACUCGUACAAGCAGAGUGAAGUUCUAGAUAAAGAUAAGAUAAUAAGCAUGAAGCUUGCUUUUCAAAUCGACGUCGCGCCAAGCCUACUUGUGAAGAGUCAUCGGGCUAUUUGCAGAGUAAAGGAAGGCGUCUUGUCUUGGCCUAGGCCUACUUGGGUCAACACCCAUAAAGUGUUGAAUAUCAUUAUAGUUUGUUUUUAGUAUAUAUCUUUCUUUUAUUUAAUCCUGAGGUUUUUUCUCAGAAUAUCGUAUAUAGUGUAUAUAGUAUAUGUACUUUAUUGUCUAAUAGACUUCUCUCUUUAGUAAGAUUUUGCUUUUCAUAAUCAUAAUGUUUCCUUAUGAUUUUUUUUGCUAAAAACACAAGUACUAUUUUGAAAAAAAAUCCUUUCUGGUUUGCUUUAGCUUUUCCAGCAUUCGCCGCCCCUUCAAUAGCCUUUUGCGCGGAUCCUGCACCUGCGCUUCCAGACCUCAACGAGAUUCCAGUAGGCCUUUCUCCUGCUGAAAUUGCCCAAUUGCAUCGGGAGACUGAAGAGAAUGCCGCCCAGUGUGGCAGGCUCUUGCAAGAAAUCUGUGGGCAGGCAAAAGAUUUGUCCGUCAGGCAGGAGCGCAGGACGAGCUCACGCUCGAAAAAUUAGUAGACGCCGUCAGGUAUCUUGCAGACGUGGACGAGUUGCCCGAAGAGGAGCGAAUCCCCACUCUCAUUGAGUUCAGGGCCCAAAUCAAUAAUAAAGACUCGCCCAUUUGGUUUCAUAUAGAUAAAGAAAUGAAAAGAUGGGGGGGUCGUGGUCUAUGCUAAAUUCUUUUUCUUAGAUAGAAUGAAUGGAAAAGGGGUGCUUGUGUUGUGGUUUUCGUAGUUGCAAGAAUUUUUUUUUCGAGAAAAGGUCCCCUCCUUCAAUAUCAUGAUUGGGUCGACCGGGCCAGAUCAUGAGUGAAUAGAAAAAAAAAAUGUACAUAGCUGUUCCAGCUGAAAUACUUGGAAUAAUUCUACCACUUCUACUAGGAGUAGCCUUUUUAGUGCUAGCUGAACGUAAAGUAAUGGCUUUUGUGCAACGUCGAAAGGGUCCUGAUGUAGUGGGAUCGUUUGGAUUGUUACAACCUAUAGCAGAUGGUUUGAAAUUGAUUCUAAAAGAACCUAUUUCACCAAGUAGUGCUAAUUUCUCCCUUUUUAGAAUGGCUCCAGUGGCUACAUUUAUGUUAAGUCUGGUCGCUCGGGCCGUUGUACCUUUUGAUUAUGGUAUGGUAUUGUCAGAUCCGAACAUAGGGCUACUUUAUUUGUUUGCCAUAUCUUCGCUAGGUGUUUAUGGAAUUAUUAUAGCAGGUUGGUCUAGUAAUUAGGGGGCGGCCGUUCGGUCGCCUAUGAUACUAGGACCAAUAGGUUCAAAAUGGGUUUGUGCCGCAGGUGUUGAACGAUCUACUCUACACAGGUGUGGGCUUACAGGGCUAGGGCUCAUAAACCCUUUCUUUCAUUUAUCAAUAGGGCCCUGCCCUGGUCGGUCACUUUUCUGGGCCGGGAUCGAUAAGUGGAAGUCAUAAAAAAGAAAUCUUUCUCUUCGCACCUCAGAUCAAGAGGAAGGGUUGCUUGUCAAGCUGGCCUAUAUAUAAUAAUAAGAAAUUUCUUUCUAUUUUCUAUUAUUAUAUAAUAGAUUCUAGUUGAAAAAUGGAAAGAUUCGCUUUCUUUUAACCGGCUCCUUCUUCUUUGUCAACGCUACUAAGGACCUAUAGGUUUGCCUACUUUACUUAUUAAAGAUAAUGAGAAUGGGUUAUUCAAACAAAAAGGAAAAGGCCCUACGACGUUUCGCAAGCCUUUGUCAUUGUCAGUCAACUAAGUAGGGCCUGAGGCCCCCUGCGAAUCCGUAAAUCUGAGGAGCAUGCCGCAACAAAAGGAUGGUCCCCUAUGCAUUUCAUUUUUUCCUUAAGGGAAAAAAAAGUACCCCCCAUCAUAGUGAACCUCUCCUUGUGAUCGGGAUGAGGUAGAUGCCUCCCAGCCGGGGGGCGGAUCGAAUCGGAGUUUCCUUAGGUAGCCACCGACCUACAGUUAUCCUUAAACUUCCGUGCUUGGUGGAGAAGAAGCGAACAAAAGUACGCUCGCUUGCUGUCUUGUUCUCUGUCGCGAACUGGGAUCGCUCGCCAGCUAGGUCAGAUUGGAGCAAGAUUUUAUGAGAACAUAUUCCCCAUAUUCGGGGACAAGGGGCGGAACGACCUCUCGAUCUACUUACUGCAGCCCAGGAAGAAAAACGUCGUCUAGGCGUUCCCUGUUGCUCCGAUCUCCCCUACGCCUAGGACGUUGUCUGGGCCAAGAGCCAUAGUUAGUUGCUGUUUCUGGUUGUUUCUUCCUCGUUGUUGAUACCGGCAAGACCCAGCCAGAUGAUGUCUGCUGGUUGGUAGUGAGAGGACUCUUAGUACCUGCAUACCCAAAAGAGGGCGCUGGUUAAAAAACAAUCCUAAGAUUUUCUUUCUUGCUCUCCCUUAGCAGCGGGAAAGGAGUCUAUCUAUCUGCCUAGCUUUGGUAGAUUUCCCCCAACGCAAUCCACAGAAAUUCCACGAAUCCCUUGGUGGAUAAGUCCGACGACUCAGCAGCAGUGCGGAAUUGAGUUUCUUGUCUGGUGGAUCUGAUCUAUAGUUAGGGGGCAAUACAUACCAAAAGGUUCGAAGAAGGAAGGCGCAUAAGAGUAUAUAACCAACCUACCCUUCUGUAUAACCUAUUCACAUUAGUGAAGCGGUUGGAUGCAUAAGGGAAGUGCACGUUUGUGAGACCUUAGUCGGGAUGCAUAGGUGAGUCAACCUACGAGCACGGAAGAGCGUGGUACCGCUACCCCUCUCUAAGUAAAGGUAAGAUUCUUAGCCCUGUAGAUGACUCCAUCUAAAAUACAAUAGGGACAGCCGUUUUCGGCUGCUCGUUUCGUAUCUUGAAGAAAGAGUAGGCUUAAGUAAUGUAAUAGGGGUCAGGUCAAUAAUAGCUAUGCUAUUGCCCUACUGAUUGUUGGCCUCCGCCCGAUCCCGAAUGCACAUUUUUUCGGGUUCAUCUUCAAUUGAUGUUUUCUUAACCUUUCGAAGACCUUGCGUCAAUUUUCGAUGUGGUCGGUUCUUUCUUUUGAAAAGACUACCAAAUCGUCCACGUAAGGCUCGCAUAUGUUAUGUAGGAGGUCACUGAUAAUUUGUGUCAUCGCUCUUUGAUAUGUUGCACUUUCUUUUUCUUUUUUUUGGGCAUAUCGUAGUAAGGAAAGGAAGUGAGGGCACUCAUUCGAAUCGAAUAGCUGAAACUACUAGAACUCCUAUUUUUCUGCUUUAAGAGAAGCCUUCUAGCUCGUUUUAAAGCGUUGAAGAGAGAGAUAGGACAUUCUAAAGAUAGUUGUUGAGGAAGCGAUUUCUAACUACGAGUCCGUUUUCAAGCUAACUGAAUGCCUAUCUGCUGCUAGUUCUGUUCCACUAUCUGCUGUUACUGCUCUCGUUGCCGGUGUGACAGUCUGAGUAGACGGUGCUCUCUUUCCUGUUGUUUUUGGGGUUCAUAACCGGUGCUAUUGAAUCUGCAGUUAAGGGAAUAUCACCAGUUCUUGGAAUAAGAGCUCUGGGACUUCAUGGCUUUGAGGGAGGUUUAGCCUAGCCCUAAGCCUUUUCGGAAUAGAAUGCUUCUUUGACAGAGCUUCAAGCAAGAAGGAGGAAGGCCCUCUU